CUCGGGCGUGUCAUGGCUGCUUGCGGAGCUCCGGUUCUUGGCUCCGAGCAAACCUGGCUUGAGGCUGCACAGGCUUUCAUCCAAGAGACCCUGUGUCCAGUGGGUCAGGAGCCUAAUGUCCAGUUGACUCAGUUGGUAAUUGACUGUGUGAAGACCACCUGUUUGUCUCAGGGAAGGAAGCAGGGUUUUACACUGCCCCUCAGCUACAGCUUUGUCUCAGUACGGGACCUCAGGAGCCACCAGCGCCUCCCAUGCUGCAGCCACCUGUCCUGGAGCAGUACUGCAUACCAGUCAUGGGCCCAAGAGGCUGGACUAAGUGGGACCCCUAUCCCCCGGGAACGGCUGUUACUUUUAGGGACACUAACAGACCUAUCAGGAGAUGCGGAACGAGAGUGCCGUAAUGGAAGCCUCUAUGUGAGAGAUAACACUGGUAUCUUGGGCUGUGAGCUCAUAGAUCUGGAUCUUUCCUGGUUGGGCCAUCUCUUUCUCUUCCCCAGUUGGAGUUACCUUCCUCCUGCCAGGUGGAAUUCCUCAGGGGAAGGGCACUUGGAGCUCUGGGGUGACCCUGUGCCAGUUUUUCCCUUGACCGUCAGUACUGGCCCUACUACCCCUAUUCCUGUUCUCUACCCACAGGCUGCUUCUCGCCUACUCAGGCACAGUAGCAAGCUCAGAAUUAUGCAGCCAAACCUGGCUGGGAAACUGGUUCGAUUAAGUGCUCUGGUGAAAAGUCAAAAGAAAGCUUACUUCAUACUGUCUCUUGGUGAAUUAUCUCCAGCUGGCAGCCAAGCUGGCAGCCAUGUGUCUAUCAUUGUACAGGUCCCUGCCCAGCUGGUUUGGCACCGAGCCCUUUGGCCUGGUAGGGCCUAUGUGCUGACAGGGCUGCGAGUAUCCAAGAUUCAUGGUUACCAACAUCGUGUUUGGACGACUAGUCCCACCUCUCAUCUGUUGCCGCUGAAACCAGAAUGUGUGCAAGAACUGGACCUGGAACUGGAGCUGGGUAGACCCCUCUUGGAGGUUGACCCCAAGCCACUCCCCAGGACAAGCAACAUCCAAGAGAGGAAGGAGCAAAAAGGUCUUCUCCGGGACUCCAGACUCUUAUCAUAUACGGGAAAGAUCACUGGCGUGUUGAAUCAGCCUGCUGGCCUCUAUGAGCUGGAUGGGCAAUUAGGGCUUUGUCUUUCCUACCAGCAGUUCCAUGGCCCCAGGCAGGUAAUGCGACCAGGAGUCCAUCUGGAGCUCCAGGAUGUUCACCUCCUCCAGUCAGUGGGUGGAGGGACAAGAAGGCCAGUGCUAGCCCCUUGUCUCCGUGGUGCUGUUCUACUUCGGAGCUUCUCUCGUCAGAAGCCUGAGACUCAGUCUUCCCCCCAAGCCUGGGGGGCCUCUCUGUACGAGCAGCUGGUAUGGGAACGUCAGUUAGGACUUCCUCUCUACCUGUGGGUUACCAAGGCCCUGGAGGAGCUGGCCUGCAAGCUGUGUCCCCAUGUGCUGAGACACCGCCAGUUCCUGCAUCACUUCUCUCCUGAAAACCCCAGCCUGGGACUGCAACUCCUGGCUCCUACCCUGGAUGUUCUAGCCCCACCCCGCAUCCCCAGUCGGAAUGCACAUAAGGAGAUCCUUGAAGAGCCACAUCGCUGUCCACUGCAGAAGUAUGCUCAGCUGCAGACUCCUUGCUCCUUCCCCUCUCUGGCUACCCUGAAAGAGGAAGGGCUGUGCAAAGCCAGGGCUUCCUUUGACCCUAAGACCCUUCUGCCCUUCCCAGAGGUUUCCCACCUGACCAGUUGCCAACUCAAUCAGCGCCUGGCCUGGUCCUGGCUCUGUCUCCUCCCCUCCACCUUCCAUCCAGCCCAGGUUUUACUUGGGAUUCUGGUGGCUUCGUCUCAUAAAGGUUGUCUGCAACUUCGGGACCAAAGUGGUUCCCUCCCCUGCCUGCUCCUGAACAAGCACUCGCAACCCCUCACUGACCCCCGGCUCAUAGGCUGCUUGGUGCGGGCAGAGAGGUUCCAGUUGGUCAUAGAGAGGAAUGUCAGAAGCAACUUUCCUUCCUGGAAGGAGCUGAGCAUGACAGGCUUCAUCCAGAAGCAACAGGCCAGAGUCUAUGUCCAGUUCUUUCUGGCCGAUGCCCUUAUCCUGCCUGUGCCCAGACCUUUACGACCCUCCCUUCACUCACCUGCCUCCUCAACACCGCCUCAGACAGAGCCCACCCUCCCUGAGAGUCCCCACAUAGGACAGAGCCGGCUGUUCUUGCUGUCCCACAAGGAGGCACUGAUGAAAAGAAACUUUUGUGUCCCCUCAGGAGCCAGUCUGGAGGUGCCCAAGCCCACCCUCAGUUUUCACAUAUCAGGGAGCUGGCUUGGGGGUACCCAGAGGAAGGAGGGGACUGGUUGGGGCCCACCUGAGCUCAAGGGAGAUGAGAACAAAGAUCAGAAGGUUCUCCUCAUCUUUCUUGGCUCCUCAGUCCGCUGGUUCGAGUUCUUGCACCCUGGGCAUGUGUACCGACUUGUGGCUCCUGGUCCUCCCACACCAAUGUUGUUUGAGGAGAGUGGUUCAUCCUGCACAUCGCAGCGUCUUCUGGAGUUGGCUGGCUGUACGUCCUGCCUCACUAUCCAGGAUGAUUGGACCCUGGAACUUGAGAGCUUCCAGGACAUCCCAGAUGUGCCAAGUAUUGAUAGGGCACUGCCUGAAUCCUCGCUGACCGACCUGCUCAGUAGCAACUCCGCCGAUUCCUUGGUGUCUUUCUCAGCUGAGAUUCUGUCACGGAUUCUGUGUGAGCCACUUCCAGCCCCUCUCAGGACAAAGCCUGGGAGCACUGAAGCCAGGAGAGGGUAUGUGAAGAUAACUGUAGCUCUCGAGACAGCUGACUGUGAAUUCCCUCCUCACUUGGACAUAUACAUUGAAGACCCACAUUUGCCUCCCCCACUAGGACUCCUUCCAGGAGCCCGAGUCUACUUUAACCAGCUGGAAAAAAGAGUUUCCAGAUCCCACAAUGUUUACUGUUGCUUCCGGUCAUCCACUUAUGUGCAGGUCCUGAGUUUUCCCCCAGAAACCACAGUCAGUGUUCCUCUGCCCCACAUCUACCUGGCUGGACUGCUACAGGGUGGCCAGGUCCCAUUCCAGGCCAUUGCCUCUUGUCAUAUUGUUUCUGUCUUCAGCCUUCAGCUCCUCUGGGUGUGUGCUCACUGUACCAGCCUCUUCCUCCAGGGAAGGUGCAGUCAGCAGGGUUCUACUUGUCCCACUCAGACACCUGUAAGUCAGGCCAGCAUCAGGCUCCUGGUGGAGGAUGGGACUGCCGACGCUGUGGUGACCUGUAAGAAUCAUCAUGUGGCAGCAGCACUAGGGCUGUGUCCUAGUGAAUGGGCCUCCCUCCUAGAGUUUGUCAGAGGGCCAGGGAAAGUGGCCUUGCAAUUUAUAGGGCCUGGAUCCCAACCUGAGUACUCAGCCAAGAUUGAUGAGCCCUUGACCUUCUUCCUCCGGACUCUAUGUACCAGUCUCUCUGUCCUCCGCCCUAUUGUGCUUUCUUUUGAGCUCGAGAGGAAACCCUCCAAGAAUAUCCCUUUAGAUCCUCCUAGGCUACAGCGAUUCCAAUGUGGGGAGCACCCUCUCCUGACUUAUGUGAAUCCCAGGAUCCAGUUGUUGUGUCUCUCUAUCCAGGAGCCAAAGCAUGCCAACUCCCUGGGGGCAUUUGCUUCCUCCAGCUAACCUGAACUGCAACAAUGGCCUGAAAGGUCUUCCUGCCCUGCUGGAACACUUGAGGCCAGGGCCUCAACUUCUCCCACUUAUUGUGGCCCUUACCUUCUUGGUGAUUGAACUAGGACCCCAGAUCCCAGUGUUUAUUAACUGCUACCCUACUGUAAUUUCUCCAUAUUCUUUCUGGUGCUGGCCUGCCUUGGAGAAAUUGUGGAAAUAGGUAACUCAUGGCACUGUUAAUAUUUCCUCUCUGGUUGGGGUCAAGGCACCUGCACUCACAGGUGGCCCUGAGCACCUGGGUGCUGUCUUUGUGGCAGGAGCUAGAUGAACAAAAGACUUGCCCCUUGUA